UCUCUAGAUACUGUAGCAACUGUUUAUAGUAGGUACGUACAUUGGACGCGCAGGUGGAGGAAGGAGGAGGAAAUAAUUGAAGUAAGAUGACGCCAAAAACGAACCCACAUCUUGCCUCCCCUCUGCCUCUUCUCCUAUUCAAUCUCCUCCCCCUUCACAUGCAUAUCUAACUCUUCUCUCCCAACGGUCGAUCACCAGUACUAGAAGGGCCCAUUAUUCGAAAAAGAGGAAGAAAAUGAGGUGAUACGAUUUGUUGGCACCACGGUGGGGCUCCUCAAUUGAAUGCAUGCUUCCGUGGGGUUGCCAGGAAUUUGGACAAACUCUGGGGCGAGGGACCAAAACGGGCACGGUCGAGUCCAUCACAUGGCACGGAAACUUGGCCGGGCAUGCGUACGCGCUCACGUGCAUGCCUCAAGUUUACGCAAGAAACAACUGGCUUAGACGGUUCCGGUGGGCUCCGGCCGUGGAAUCAACGACCGAUCAGCAGAUGCUUCGCACAUAUCCACCUACCCAGUUCGUUGAGUACGUAACAGCGUGGCAGAAACAGCAACAGCACGGGCUACGCGGCGGAUUCCCGCAUUUGGCAUUUGGGAGGGGUUUAAGUAGCUGGCCUGAAAAUGACAGCAGCAGCUCUUUCUUCUCUACAGUAGUGUUGUCAAUGUGAAUCCCAGAGGACUCCGAUCCCUGCAAGAUUAUUGAUUAUUUAUCGACGAUUUUGGUCAGAUGUCUAAGAUGUACAACUCCCGGCUUGUAAUAAUGAUAAUUCAUGACAGUU